AUGCCAGCCAUCCUCACAGAGGGCAGUUCACCUGCCAACCAGACCAUGCCAAUGUUAGAUGCUUCCCCAGUAGCUUGCACUGAAAUUGUUACUUUCACUGAAGUGCUGGCGGCAGAGGAGUGGGGCUCCUUCUACUCCUCCUUCAAGACGGAACAGCUGAUAACCCUAUGGGUUCUUUUUGUCUUCACCAUUGUGGGAAACUCUGUUGUGCUGUUCUCUACAUGGAGAAGGAAAAGAAAGUCCAGAAUGACCUUCUUUGUGACUCAGUUGGCCAUCACGGACUCCUUCACAGGACUGAUCAACAUCCUGACAGACAUUAUUUGGCGAUUUACUGGAGACUUCAUGGCCCCUGACCUGGUUUGCAGAGUUGUCCGCUAUUUGCAGGUUGUCCUGCUCUAUGCCUCUACCUACGUCCUGGUGUCCCUCAGCAUAGACAGAUACCAUGCCAUCGUUUAUCCCAUGAAGUUUCUUCAAGGAGAGAAGCAAGCCAAAGUCCUCAUCGGGAUAGCCUGGUGCCUCGCGUUCCUGUUUUCUGUCCCCACACUCUUCAUAUUCGGAAAAAGGACGCUCGCCAAUGGUGAGGUGCAGUGCUGGGCACUGUGGCCAGAUGACUCCUACUGGACUCCGUACAUGACCAUUGUGGCUUUUCUGGUGUACUUCAUCCCACUGACAAUUAUCAGUGUCAUCUAUGGCCUUGUGAUCCGAACUAUUUGGAUUAAAAGCAAAGCCCACGAGAUGGUGAUUUCCAACUGCUUGGAUGGCAAACUGUGCAGCAGCUACAACCGAGGGCUCAUCUCGAGAGCAAAAAUCAAGGCCAUCAAGUAUAGCAUCGUCAUUAUCCUCGCUUUCAUCUGUUGCUGGAGCCCAUACUUCCUCUUUGACAUGCUGGACAAUUUUAACCUCCUUCCGGACACCAAGGAGCGCUUCUAUGCCUCCGUGAUCAUCCAGAACCUGCCAGCCCUGAACAGUGCCAUCAACCCACUCAUCUACUGUGUCUUCAGCAGCUCCAUCUGCUUCCCCUGCAAGGAGCAGAGAUCACAGGACUCCAGAAUGACAUACCGAGAGAGAAGUGAGAGGCAAGAGAUGCAGAUUCUCUCGAAACCGGAAUUCAUCUAA